UUCAGUGUCUGAGAAGCAGUGAGCAAGACAGCAGUGAUCAACAAUAAUCUUAAUUCCCAGCCCAGCAGAUACCAGUUUAAGGAAAGAAAAAGAAAAAAAAAUUAUCAAACAAAGGAAUUACUUGAAGAGGAGUUUUAAGGCAAAAGUAUGUAAAGGUACUUAAGUUCUCACACUGGUGUUUUUCUUUGAAAAGAAGAUCUAAACUUUUAAAACCAGAAGGUGCUUUUCAGAGAACAUAAACAGGGAGGGAGAGGAGAGGACAAACUAAAAUAACUGAAGCAGUGAUGAAGUGAUGAAGGACUCGACUCUGUCUUUUCAAAGAGCAGUGCGGAAAUCGUUUCUGUUGAAAGCCCCCAAGCAACCACUGCUUUUGACUCAGUAAAUUGAUUUCUGUGAGGAAGAAGCAACCAUGAAACUUCCUGUGGCUCUGGGCUGACUGAGAAGUGAGGGGUGCAGGGGCUGGGCCUGUCAGACGUGUGGUGUGACCAGAAGGAACCUGGCUGGAGGUUUAAUUGAACACGUGGCUUCCUGGGGAGGUGCAGAGGAGGUGCUGCAGGGCAGGGGAGCAGCUGUGCAGAUACAGACCCUGGACUGAGCUUUGCUGCUUAUCAGAUAUCAGCCUCUCAGUCCUGCUGCACACCACAUCUGGUCCCAAGCAGGAGGAACACUACUUGUCCAUGUAGAGUGUUCAGUGAAGCUCCUGAAGGAGAGGGAGUUCUGCCAUCUCGGUUUGGACUCGGUGGUCUUUGAGCUCUUGGUGGGUCCCUUCCAGCUCAGAAUAUCCAGUGGUUCUGUGACCCCACAUGACCCUGGUGUAGCUGCCCAGAAGGAGUUUCUUGUAAAUCACCACUAAGGACAUCUGCCCUGACCUUGGAUCUCUGUUGGAGACUCUUCAUGUUGACUUCAAACACAUUUGGGACAGCUUCUGCCUCACAAGUUCCCCUUUCCACUACUGCUGAACUGUUGAUGCCACAGAGGAAUUCCAGGCUCCAUGUGCUCCCACAGGAGCAGCUGGGGCUGGAAGUUGUCAUGGGGGAUUUGUAGAAGAUGGAGCUUGGCAAGAGAUGUGAGGUCUCUCUGAAGGCCUCAGCCAGCAGGGGCCAUGCGAUGCUCCCUGAAACGCUCCCUCACGGUUCUGCUCGCUGUCUCCUUCCUCCUCGUCCUCCUCCUCCUCCAUGGGAGCAGCCGGCAGGAACAGGAUCCCCUGGAGGUGCAGCUCAGGGGCCUGGCUCCCGACACGAUCCUGCAGCUGCUGCAGCCGGGGGGAGCCCAGCACAUCCUCAGGGACACAGCUGAGCUCUCUGCACUCCACAACAUCUCCUACCAGCUCCUCGCUGGCUCCCCGGCUCCCCGAAAAAAAUUCCUGGCGGUAGGAAUGGCAUCCGUGCAGAGGCCACGUGGUUUCUACCUCCUGGCCACACUGCAGUCCCUGUUCAGCCAGUCCACAGAGGAGGAGCUGCAGGAGAUGGUGGUGGUGGUGCACCUGGCUGACACUGAUCCUGGCUGGAACGUGCGCGUUGCCGCCACCAUCGCCCAGAAGUUUGCUCGCCACAUCCUCCUGGGCCGCCUCCUGCUCAUCCACGCUCCACCUGAGUUCUACCCCACCCUGGAGGGCCUGAAGAGGAACUUCAACGACGCAGAGGAGCGGGUGAGGUUCCGCUCCAAGCAGAAUGUGGACUAUGCCUUCCUGCUCGCCUUCGCCGCCAACCUCUCCUCCUACUACCUGAUGAUCGAGGACGACGUGUGGAGCGCCAGGUCCUUCCUGACGUCCAUCCGCAGGGCACUGGCUUCCCAGGAGGGCUCCAGCUGGGCCACCCUCGAAUUCUCCAAGCUGGGCUACAUCGGAAAGCUCUACCGCUCCAGUGACCUUCCUCGCCUGGCUCACUUCCUCCUCCUCUUCUAUCAGGAAAUGCCCUGUGACUGGCUGCUGGUCCACUUCCGCCAGCUGCUCACCCAGAAGGACGUGAUCCGCUUCAAGCCAUCCCUCUUCCAGCACAUGGGCCUCUACUCCUCCUUCCAGGGCACUGUCAACCGGCUGAAGGACGAGGAUUUCCAGGCCGAUGCCUUGGACCUCCCAGACAACCCGCCGGCAUCCCUGUACACCAGCAUGUCCAUCUUUGAGAACUACGAGCCCCUCAAGGCCUACAGCUUGGCACAGGGCUACUUUUGGGGCAAAGACCCAGCAGCUGGCAGUACUUUUACCAUCGUGUUCCAGCAGCCAGUCCGAGUGCGCCGUGUCCGGGUGCGCACGGGCUCCGUGGAGCGCCCGGGCGAUUUCCUGCGCGCAGGGCUGCUGGAGCUGGGCCAGCGCCGCGACCGUAGCCGCGACUGCUCCUCCUACGUCCCUGUGGGCUCCUUCAAGAAGGGGACCCUGGAGCAGCAGGGCCUGGAGAGUGUCCUGCCUGGGCCCGUGGAGUGCGUGAGGAUCCGGGUGACCCAGGACCAGAGCGAGUGGCUCAUCAUCCAGAGCAUCGACAUCUGGACCACAGCAGGCAAUUGAGCACAACACCUGUGGCAGGAUGUCAAAGCAGCUGGAUUUGGUUCCUUUAUUUUUCACAUUGCCUUUUUGGAUAAGAAAUUAAGUUAUUGGCUCUCACUGCUCCGUGUGUGGAGAGAUGGGAACCACUGCUGUGGGCUGCAGAUGGGUCUAGGAGCAGGGCCCAUCAGAAUGUACCUGCUGGGGGAUGCCCCAAUGAGCCAAGGAGGGGGCACAGGAAGGAGAAGGUGCUUGGGAAUUCAGGGCUGAGCAGUAGAAAACCUUUCCUCCCGAGGAGGAUGAUGUACAGGACAAAGCUGAUCAGCUAAUUAACAAACCAAAUAAUUCAUCAGG